GGGGCUACUCGAACGCAUGAGGCUCCGUUAGGUUGCUUCCGCUUCAGGCCCUUGCACAGGUUGCCGCAAGGCCGGGGAUGCCAGGGCAUACACAGAAGGUCUUACACGGUUUCACGCGUCUUGGCCAGGCAAAACUGAGUACUAAAUUACUUCUUUCAUCCUAUGAUAGGCCGGUAACUGCGCAUGCGAAGCCGACUCGGAAACGGCUUCAUCUCUGCCAUCCCAUCCACCGCGAGCGCUGAGUUAGGGCACGCGCGAUCCCUUUUUCCUACUUUUAGGUACUAUUAGUUCCUCGCCAUAUAUUGAAAAUGCAGCUUGCUAACGCUCCUCGCCUCGCGGCCCGUCCGGCCCGGUCGGCCGUGAAGGUCUUCGCUCAGCAGCGUACUCAGGCCAAGACCGCCGCGCCGAAGACUCUCGCGGCCGGCCUGGUCGCCAGCUCCGUCCUGCUGCAGGCGUCUGCUGCCCGCGCUGAUGAGCUGGACUCCACUGUGGAGAGCGUGGUCGGCGCCGUGAAGGCCACGGGCGAGGUCGUCAAGGCCGGUAUCACCACCCUGCAGAGCGGUGUGAAGAUCCUGAAGGACGGCUACGACGUGGCUGCCCCCUAUGCCCGCGAGGUGGUUGACGCCGUUGGCCCCGUGGUUGUGGAGGCUGCCAAGAAGACCGUGGAGCUGGCCUCGCCUGCCCUUGAGGCCGCCGCCCCCGCCAUCUCGAACACUGUGUCUGAUGUGCUGGAGAGCACCGGCGUGGACCUGUCGGCGGUGAGCAAGACCGCCGGCACUGUGGGUGACGUUGCGGGCAGCGCCGUUUCGGUGGCCACCCCCGUGGCCCGUGGCCUGGUGGACCUGCUGGCCACCUCCGACCCCGUCACUCUGGGCGAGUUCGGCCUGGGCGCCGUGGCGCUGUAUUACCUCAGCCCCCUGUUCUUCGGCGCCUUCCGCGGCUACGCCGGCGACAUGACCUCCGCUGUUGCCCUGGACACCGUGGUCAACGACGCCAGCAGCGUGCUGAUCGACAUCCGCGCCAUCCGCGAGAAGGAGGCCAGCGGCGUGCCUGACGUGCCGGGCGCCGCCUCUUCCAAGCUGCUGGAGGUGGAGUUCGCCGCGCUGGAGGACAAGAAGCUGCGCAGCCAGCUGAAGAACCCCCAGGACAUUGAGGCGCAGACCACCGCGCUGCAGAUUGCCUCGCUGCGCCGCAUCAACUCGGGCACCAAGGUGAUCCUGCUGGACCGCUACGGCCCCCUGGCUGAGGCCGUGGCCCGCGAGCUGGCCAAGAAGGGCUACGGCAAGGUGUAUGUGGUGGUGGGCGGCUUCGACGGCCGCAACGGCUGGAUCCAGUCCAAGCUGCAGAUCAAGCCGUACACCGCCACCGCGCUGACCUUCUCGGCGCCGGCCUUCGGCCGCACCGGCACCACCUCGACCCGCCGCCUGCCCGCCCCCCGCUCGUAAGCGGGCUCGCAGUGGCUCGCGCACCGGCGGCGGCUCCGUACGGGAGCCAAAGCUGGAGCUAGAGCCGUGCUAGCGGAUACGGUAAGCAACGACAGCAGCAGCAGCAGCAGGAGAGGAGGUGGCGACCUGCAGGCGCGCUCUACGCUGUGACGGCUGACGGUCGUCAUAGAUGCGGCGGCGAUGGCAGCAAGUCAUGGCGGCGGCGGCCCUGAACGGGGCGCCGUAGGAAGCCGCCUUUCUGACGGCAGCAGGAGCACGCCAGGCGCCCUAGGUUAGACAGGCGACCGAGAUAGCAAGCACACUCGAUUUUGGUUCAGAGGCAGUACAUGUACGUUAAUGUUUCAAACUGACUGUACGCGCACAUGCGCAACGCCACAGUUGGGCUGGUUAAGGCCCCGACGAGGCGACGUGGGCACUCAAGUGGCCUGCAGUGUAUGUGUGGUAUGAUAAAGCGUGACCCCCCUGAAGAUGGGCGGACAACGGAGCGCAUCAAGAGAUUUUGGGAGCGGAGGACGGGAGGAGCGGAAAGAGAGAUAACCGUCAAGGAGUCGGAGAAACUCGGGUAGUGUAUAUCUGUUUCAACGUUGGUUGUUUGAGGAUGCUGACACGCAAGGAUUUGGUCAGGUCGUCAAAUAUUUUUACCCGGAUGGUGGCGCACACGCAGACUGGGCUCUAAUUGUCCCGGUCAGCGGUGGUGCCACACGGCAAGCAUGAUGUAACCACAAGCAUUU